AUGGCUUCACUUGCGUUCACUCACCCGCUCGAUCCCGCUACGGCUGAGGAGAUUCAAAAGGCCACCGACCUUGUCAAACACCUUUUCAAGGAUGUUCCUCUACACUUCAAAGCGGCGGGUCUCGAUGAGCCACCAAAAAAGGAACUGUUAGCCUAUUUGGAAGCUGAGCACAAUGGCCAGACGCUGCCGGAUCUUCCCCGUCGUAUAUUCGCGAUGUGGUACAUUAAGCAUACCCCGAGACUUUUUGAAGCCGUCGUUGAUGUCACCAAUGGCCGCGUUGAGACGUCCAAAGAGUUGCCUCGUGAUUUCCACGGCCCUGUCGACCGUACAGAGCUCAACGAGGCUGCCCAGGUUGUUAUGCGUGAUGCAGAAGUCCUCAAGGAGAUCAAACGCUUGAAAAUAGAUGAGACUACCGUGGUCCUAGAUCCCUGGGACUACGGUGUGGAUGGCGAGGAAACUCAAGAACGCCACACCCAGGUCUUCAUGUACAUGCGCAAUCCGGAAAAUAACGACCCGGACUCCUCGCAUUACUCGUUUCCUCUCGACUUCAUGGUUAUCGUUGAUUUGUGUGCCAUGAGAGUCAAGAAGAUCCUCCGACUUCCCCUAGGUUCUGACGGAUCUACAACCGCUGUUGGCACAGAUGUUCCACACCGUCGCACUAACCCUUCGGAGCCCGAGUACGACCACCGUCUACAGAAGCAGAAACCGAGGACUUCCAUUAAACCUUACCAAGUGAUUCAACCAGAAGGAGCGUCAUUCACUGUCCAAGGUCAUCUCAUCACAUGGGAGAAGUUCAGGUUCAGAGUCGGCUUCAAUUGGAGAGAGGGAAUGACUAUUCAUGACGUUCGGUUCAUGGAUCAAGACAUCUUUUAUCGGCUAUCUCUGUCUGAGAUGUUCGUCCCUUACGGUGAUCCGCGUAAUCCCAUCUACAGGAAGGGUGCGUUCGAUCUUGGGAAUGUGGGUGCCGGCGUGACCGCCAAUAAUUUAUCUUUGGGGUGCGACUGCCUGGGAGUAAUCAAAUACUUGGAUGGGCAUGUCGUUAGUGUCGAUGGUUCACCUGCUCCACGGCCCAACGCGAUAUGUAUUCACGAAAUCGAUAAUGGAAUUCAGUGGAAGCACACCAAUCACAGGACAGGGAAGGCGACCGUUGUGCGUAAGCGACAACUCGUACUGCAAACCAUUAUCACAGUCGCCAAUUACGAGUACAUAUUUGCCUGGAUUUUCGAUCAGUCGGGAGAAAUUACCUUCGAAACUCGAGCAACCGGUAUACUAUCAACACAGCCGAUUGACAAAGACGCCAGCGUGUCUUGGGGUACACGAGUCGCCGAUGGUGUUAUGGCACCUUACCAUCAGCAUUUGUUCAAUGUUCGCAUCGAUCCUGCGAUUGGCGGUCACAAGAACUCUUUCGUAUACUCUGACUCUGUCAGGUUGCCGUGGGACAAGGAAUUGAACCCACUGGGCACCGGCUACAUUUCCAAAGAGACCCUGGUUCACCGAGCGGGUCCGCUGGAGGACAGCGUCGCUGACGGACGGAAUUUCAAGAUAAUCAAUCCGUCCAUUCAAAAUCCCGUGUCCUUGACCCCGAUUGGAUACAAGAUUGUUCCCAUCCGGUCACAAAUGCUCCUCGCCCAGCCGGGCUCCUGGCACUGGAGACGGUCGGAGUUCGCAGAACACCCGAUGUGGGUCACUAAAUAUCAAGAUCGACAACUAUUCCCAGCAGGCGACUAUACGAACCAGUCCAUUGGGGGCACUGGCAUCAAAAGCUGGACAGACAAACCUGACUAUGUCGUCGACGAGGACAUCGUCAUCUGGCACACUUUCGGAUUCAACCACAUCCCACGGGUUGAAGACUUUCCAAUUAUGCCUGCCGAAAUAGCUCAGAUGCAUUUGAAGCCGUACAACUUCUGUACACACAACCCUACCAACGACGUGCCACCUUCGACUCAGGCAUUCAACAAGAGUGUGCUGUACGAUGAUUUACAGCAGCCGAUUGCUUCGACCAACGGAAUCUCUACUUCGCGCGAAGAAGCGAGGAGCGAGAAGAAAAUCCUACCCCUGUACCAACGCCUGUGGGAUCAAUCUUUCUCGUCGCUGUUUUCAUUCGCCGUCUCAUUGACAGGGUGUCUCAAGAACCGGAAGGCCUCGUUCCUAAAUAUUCUUCGCCGUUCCGGCACCAAACAUAAGAAGAACCCCAGCCCUGUGGCCUCAGGAGUUGACUCCAAAAAAGCCACCGACCAAUGCCAUGGCUUUCGCCAACAUUUCUUCUGGGCCAACAUGGCCGUCAUUAGAGGCGGCCAGCAUGUCUUGGGCGUUUUGUUCCGGAGAGGGGGCGGGCCCAAGGCACUCAGGGACCCUAUUCCGCACCUGUACAACACUUUGCAGUUUAUGUUCAACAACUACAAGUUCAUGGCCCGUGUGCAAAAUGCGUUGCAAGGCGAGAGCCUGCUACGUUUCUACCUGGGCCCCAAAACGAUAUACCUGGUGGCGGGGUCGCAGGGAAUCAAGCGCAUGUUUGGCCGCGAGAUGGUGCACACGGUGACAAACCAAGAGCAGAUGACGCGGUACGCGCUGCCGACCCUGUACAAAAUGAACCGCGAUGAGAUCAAGCGUUGGGAGAACGACAAGUCCGGAGUCACCAAGGUCCCUGUCCCCGGCACCGAGGGCACGCCGACUCGACAGCGGCUCUGGCACACGUAUGAACAUAUCUACACCGAAUAUCUGGGUAAGGCACAGUACACGAAGCCAGUAGUGGAAGAAUUUAGCCGCAACCUGGGCCAGGCACUGGCACUAUAUCCAGCCGGCGAGUGGACGGUAGUUGACAUUGACGAGUUCUGUCGACACGAGGUCGCUGAAUCCGCCAUCAACGCGCUCUUUGGCUCAGAUCUCACCAGGCUGACACCAGACUUCAUCGAUCGGUUCUGGGACUUUGACAAACACGUCUUCAUGCUGGUGCUGGGCCUCCCAAAAUGGCUUAAUGCAAGCCCUUUUCAGGCUCACGAUCGCUAUGUCGCCGCAAUCCAGAGUUGGCUUAACGCGCCCUGGGCUGACUUUGACUGGGCGGGGCCUGAGCCUGGGGCAGAAUGGGACCCUCGCUUCGGCGCACGUGCUCCUCGAGAGCUCGUUAAGUGGAUGAAGGAGACGGAGUGGAGGAGUGAAGUCAUUGCUGCUACGAUCGGGGCACUGGUCUUUGCGUUGAACUCAAACAGCAUCCCUACCACCACGUGGAUGCUGAUGGAGAUUAUUAAGGACCCGACCCUUCUCCAGGCCGUGCGCGACGAGAUAGCCACAGUCACGGACGACGAUCCAGAGACCGGCUGUCCCAGCAUCGACAGCCAGAAGCUGGUAGCGCUGCCGCUGCUUCAGUCCAUCUUCACGGAGACGCUACGAAUGCACAUCAACUUCAACAUUAUGCGCGAUGUCAAGCAGCCCAUCACGCUGGAUGGUCACCUGAUCCCCCAGGGGUCCCUGCUGCAGGCCCCGAUGCAGGUGGCGCACUACAACGAGGCCGUUUGGGGUACCGAGGGUCACCCCGCGACCGAAUUCUGGGCGGAGCGGCAUGUCAGAGGCGGCGAGGGGAGCAGGCGCGUGUACUCCAUGAUGGGGAGCUCAACGUCGUAUUUCCCCUUUGGGGGCGGAGCGAAUAUGUGCCCGGGCCGACAUCUGGCAAAGUUUGAGAUUCUGACGACGGUCGCCCUCAUCGUGUCCCGAUUUGACAUGGAGCUGGUGGGCUGGAUCAAUCCGGACGGGUCACCAUCGCAUCGGGCGGCCGAGAGCGAUACACGUUUCUGCGGCGCCGGAGCUAUGCCCCCUGACCGAGCAAUGAAGAUAAGAUGGAGACGGAGGACGUGA